AUGCAGAAUGUGCAACAACCCAAAAAAAGGAAAUUAUCCGACGAGAUCAUUGCGGAAGAUGAAGAUUAUCAACGUGAUCCUGAGCAUCCGCGAAACUUAAUACCUGAGAUUUGCAGGUUAUUAUACAGUCAGGAAGCAAUGACGGGCUCUGGUGGUGCCAUAAGCAUGAGAAGAAACGAUAAAAUCUAUGUUGCCCCUUCUGGCGUCCAAAAGGAACGUUUGCAGCCCGAGGAUAUGUUUGUAAUAAACGACGAUGGCGAUACACUUAAGCUACCGCUAAAUGGGAAAAUAUGCAGAAUGAGCCAGUGUACUCCACUCUUUUUGACCAUUUAUCGACUGCGAGGAUCUGAAUGCGUCAUACAUUCACAUUCCAAGAGGGCGGUUUUGGCAACAAUCAUUUCGUCAGGAAAUGAAUUUCGUAUUAGUGAUCUGCAAAUGAUUAAGGGUAUCUAUAAGCGAACCGAAAAUAGAAAUUAUAGAUUUGGUGAAGAAGUUGUAAUACCUAUCAUUGAAAAUACUCCUACCGACCCGGAACUACAGGAAAAUUUAGUCAAAGCAAUGGAGAAUUAUCCAGAUACCUGCUGCGUUCUCAUACGUAGACAUGGACUAUACAUAUGGGGAACUACUUGGCAGCAGGCAAAACUAAUGUAUGAAUGCUACGAAUAUUUGUUUGACAUAGCAAUUCAACUAAAACAGCUUGGGAUGAAUUAGUGAAAACUGAUUACAGAGGUCACUAUUGCUAUAUUUUUGCUUGUCAUAGGACUGUAUUAUUGUAAUUGCUGGAGCUGAUGAUAUACUGCUCCACAGUUAUUU